AACUCAGCAAACAUGAUCGCGUUCGCAUUAUUAUUUUGCGCGGUAAUAACACUAUGUGUUUACAUAACCGGAAAAUACAAUGAACAGUAUUGGAAAAAAAGAAAAGUGGCAUUUUACUCGAAGAACAAAGUGGCGGGAGUACUUUGGGAUCAUUUUAUUGAAAAGAAAGCAGUUUUCAAAAAUCUAUGUAACAUUUACAACGAGUACCGCAAUGAACCUGCUAUUGGUAUUGGUACAUUUUUCACACCACAAUUAUGCGUGCUCGAUAUCACCAACAUUCAACAUGUUUUAGCAACUAACUUCACUUCCUUCAAUCACAGAGGAGUGGAGCCAAACGAAAAUGACUUACUCGCCGACAAUAUUCUUUUUAUGCAUGGAAAUCGCUGGAAACUAAUGCGUCAGAGUUUGACACCGCUAUUCACAUCAUCUAAAUUAAAAUUAAUGUACUAUAUCAUAGACAAAAGCGCCGUGGAUCUUGUGGAACAUUUGAAGGCUAACAAAGAGCUAUUAAAAGGUAAUUCAUUCAACACUUUAUCUUCUUUUUGUAGUGCAGCAAUAGGAGGCGCUGUGUUUGGAGUAAGCACAGGAUCAAUUUUCGAUUCGCCAUUCCUAGAUAUGGCACGAAAAACGACAACGCCUUCUUGGAGAACUAAUGUUUUUUUUGCUAUUAUUAACUUCAGCAACGAUUUAUUCAAAAAGUUGGGUUUGAGUUUAUUCAAAGAACAGGAAGAAUUUUUCAUUGGUGCAAUUAAGAAAAUCAUACGCGCCCGAGAACAGGACAAAAUCAAACGACAUGACUUCGCUGAUAUAUGCGUAGCAUUACAGAGUGCUGGUAACAUUGUAGAUAAAGAAACUGGCUUAGAAUUAAAACCAACGGAUGAAUUGUUGGCGGCGCAAGCAUUCUUCUUCUUCAUCGCGGGCGUGGAACCUACAGCGACAGCGUUAUUUAGUACGUUAAUAGAACUGGGAAGGAAUCCAGAAUACUUAGAAAAAGUCCACAAGGAAAUUGACGAAGCUUUUAAAAUUAAUGAUAACAAAAUGAAUUACGAUAUUGUAGUGGGUAUGAAAUACGUUGAUAUGGUGAUGAGUGAAGCUAUGCGAAUGCAUCCACCCCUCGGGGUAUUAACAAGAAAAUGUGUAAGAGACACUGUUCUGCCAGUGGGUAAUAUCAAAGUAGAAAAGGGGACUAGGAUAAUGGUGCCAAUAUGGGCUGUUCAUCACGACGAAAGAUUUUAUCCAGAACCCGAGAAAUUUAUCCCAGAACGUUUCGCUUCCGAAAAUAAGAGUAAUAUAGUAGAUGCAGCUUAUAUGCCAUUUGGAAAAGGUAAUAGAAUAUGUGUAGGUAAUAGAUAUGCUGCGGUACAAGCAAAAGCUGGUCUGGUGCAUUUACUUCGCAAUUUCACAUUAAAAACCAUUGUGCAGGAAGGUGGACCGAAAUACCUUCAUCACCCAACUUUAAUAAGAUUUUGCGAUGUAGAUCUUGAAUUCAUACCAAGGUCUAUUCCUAAAUAAUUAUACUAGAAAUUGAAUCAGAAUUAUUAUAUCCUACAGAGUUUCUUGCCGGUUCUUCUCUGUAGAAAUUGCUUUCUGAACCGGAUCUUAAUCAAGCUCUUUUUCAAAUAAGUCUAUGAUAAACCUAUAAUAAAUGUUUCUUUUUAUUUAAA